AUGCAGGCCGCCCGCUCCCGCGGGCUGCACCGGAUGCUGUGGGAGGUCUGCACCGGCUGGACAAGGCCUGCAUCCACCUCCACCAUGGCACCACGCCAACCACGUCUCCAGGGACACAAGAGGACGAUGAUGGUUAGGGGGUGCUUGGACUGCUGCGGCAUUUUUGAGGUGGUCAGGAUGAUCCGGGACGACAUCCUCAGGGUGAAGGUCUGCGUGCUGAAGGUUGGGAUUCACUGUGAAGGCUGCGCGAAGAAGGUUAGAAAGGUCCUCAACAAGAUUGAAGGUGUGUACCAAAUCAGCAUAGAGAAGCCGGAGGGGAAGGUGACGGUGACCGGCCAGAUGGAUCUGGAGACUGUCUUCACGAAGCUGAAAAAGGCCGGCAAGCCCGCGCUGCUGUGGGGCGCCACCGCCAACCCUGGAGUGCCAAGCCACCAGGUCCAGCAGCUCCAGCUCGGCGGCGGCGACGACCAGCAGCCGAAGGGUGGAGCGGGUGCUGCGAGCAGCAGCGGUGGAGGAGAUGCAAAGAUGGCGAUGCCGCAAGCGACUCCGCAGCAGCUUCGCGAGCAACUGCAACAGCAGCUGAUGCAAGGGAUGAACCUUCCUCCGCAGCUUCUGGGCCUGGGCGGCAAGAUGCCGCUCCCGGCGGCUGCGGCGCCGCCGGCGAACCCCAAGUCUGUCAAGUUCAACAUUCCCAACGGCGGCAACUCCGGCGAUGACGACGAGGAGGGUUUCGAGGAUGACGGCGUCGACGACGACAUGUACGCCGACGACACUAAGAUGAUGAAGCCUAUGGCCAUGCCGCUGGCCGCCGGUGGGGCCGGAUGCAGCGGUGUCAAGAAAGGUGGCAAGGGAGGCGCCAACAACGGCGGCAAGCUGAACCUGGGUGGCGCCGACGGCAGCGGCAAGAACGGCAAGGGCGGCGCCCCAGGCGGUGCGAACCUGCUGCAGCCCGGACAGGCCAGGAAGGCCAGCGGCGCUGGUGGCCCGUCCGCUGGUGUCGGCGGGCCGAUGAUGGGCAUGGGCGGCAUGCAGCCGCCUCAGCAGGCGGCCAUGACGACGAGGCCUCCGAACAUGAUGGGCGGCGCCGCCCGUUACCCCGGUGCGGGACAGAUGGGCGGCAUGCACCCCCACAUGGCUGCCAAGGGCAUGCAGCCGGGCGGUGUCAACGGCAUGCAGCCAGCAGGCGGCGCCGGCAUGCAGAUGGUCCACCCCCACAUGGCUGGCAAUGGCAUGCAGUCGGCAGGUGUCGCCGGCGGCAUGCCGAUGGGCCACCACAACAUGGCUGGCAAUGGCGUGCAGCCGGGAGCGGGAGGUGUCGCCGGCAUGCCGGCCGGCGGCAGGCCGAUGGGCCACCCCCACAUGGGUGGCAACAACGGCAUGCAGCCGGGAGGUGGCGCCGGCUCGACCCUUGCGCCUGGAUUCUAUCAUGCCGGUCCUGCUGGCGGCGGCUAUGGUGGUGGCAUGCCUUACGGGUCGGAGAUGAUGCAGGCGGCCGGGAACCAGAAUGUCUAUGGCAGCAGCGGCGGGUACAUGCCCAUGAUGCAGCAGCAGCCGCCACAGAUGAUGAAUGGCUGCUAUGGCGUCUCUCAGGGCUACUACGGCGACCAUGUCCAUGGCGGCGCCGGGUACUACCAGCAGCAGAUGGGGUACGGGAGCAGCUCCGGGUACGGGUACGGCGGGCACCAGCAGCCGAUGCCCUACCCGUCGUCCUACUACCCGCGCCACCCGCAUGACAACAUGUUCAGCGACGAGAACCCCAACAGCUACUGCUCGGUGAUGUGAGGCAGCAAGGUGGUCGCCGCCGCCGCCGGCCAAGCUUUCUCCUGCUUCUGAAGCUUCACCAAAGUCAACCAGAAGGAAGAAGGAGGGGAGCCAGCUCAGGUCACAGGUGGUGGUCAUCCUACUGCGUCGUCGUCAACGUGAUCCAAGUAACAACCAGUAGUAGUCAUAUCAGUAUGCAAG